GUCGUUUGCGCAGUCACUGUUUGAGGCUCUGUGGUGUUUUUUAGGUUUUCAGCAAUUCCAAACAAACAAUGGCGGAUCCAGAGGUUGCUGCGGCUGGAAUCGUAAAAAAGAGAACGUUCAAAAAGUUUUCCUUCAGAGGAGUCGAUCUUGAUGCUCUUCUCGACAUGUCUACUGAUGAUCUUGUCAAGCUUUUCCCUUCCCGUAUCCGUAGAAGGUUCUCUAGAGGAUUGACGAGGAAGCCUAUGGCUUUGAUCAAGAAACUGCGGAAAGCGAAAAUUGAAGCACCAGCUGGAGAGAAGCCAGCAGCAGUGAGAACCCACCUAAGGAACAUGAUCAUUGUGCCUGAAAUGAUUGGAAGCGUCAUCGGUGUUUACAAUGGAAAGACUUUUAACCAGGUCGAGAUCAAACCAGAGAUGAUUGGACAUUACUUGGCUGAGUUUUCAAUCUCAUAUAAGCCUGUUAAGCAUGGUAGGCCUGGUGUUGGUGCUACCAAUUCCUCCAGAUUUAUCCCUCUCAAGUGAAUAAUCAAGCUCUUGUGGAGUUUUGUUAUGCUCUAAAUUCGAGUCUUUCGUUUCUUUUUCUUUUAGAACAUUUUGUCUUUCUUUUUCUCUUCUCUCCUUUAGAUUUUGUUCAAACUCUUGUUCAUGCCUUCAAAUAAUACAGAGCUUUUUAUUUAUAAUC